UUUUCCUCUCUCCUCUUUGGGUAAAGUAGUUUUGAAGGAGGUUUUUGUGGUAGUAGAUUGGAAAUUCAUCAUACCUGAAAGAUAGUACUGUCUCUGGAAGAUUAGCUUACAUCAGAGUUGUCAUUCUCUUAUCGCAUGCUGCUAUCAACCCAUUUGAGGAAUGCAUGUAUUCAUUUAAGUGAAGUUGGAGACCUGACUGGUUUCUCUCUGACUUUCUUUAAAUUGCUGUAAUGCUUCUCUGAGGAAAACAUUGGACUAUUUGGAGACAAAGUAAAAAUUUACAUCUCCAAGAGGACAACAGUGUGGUAUUUUUCUCUUUGAGAUCAGUUAUAAGUGAAAACACUUCCUUACAGGAAUGAAGUGAUUUAACUACAGUUGGUAAUUGGCGUCUCCUCAUCCUAUUGAUGGUAAAUCUCACCUACAAUGUAUUCACAUAGUCAUAGUCUGUUCUUUUACACAUAGAUAAUGGGAGAGUGAGACAUGGGCAAGGAUAUUCCAAUUCUGUUUUCUUCUGGUAUGGAUUGUUGCUGAAGAUGCUGAGUUAGUUUUCCUGUUAGAAAAAUAUGGAAAUCCUAUUCUUAUCCACUUGGGUUGGAAGGCAUGAGGAAUUAUAAGUGGUGAGAGUAGGAAGGGGGCUGAAGAAUUUUUAAAUGUUGAUUUUUAUUUUUUUAAGAGUGUGCCCACUAGAGAGCAGCAAAAACCUGUAUUCCUAGAAGCUUUGGUUAUUGGUCUGAUUAGGCAUUGUUUUCCCCUUUUAAGGCAGGGGGAGAGUAGCUUCAGAAGGAAGUAAAGAUCUGUUUGUGCCGAGAAAACUAUUCAGUUGUAUGUGACAGUGUACUGUGUUUUGGCAGGAGAUUAGAAGAUAGUGGGAUCAAACUGGAGCAAAAGUACAAAUUGUAUCAAAUUGCAUUUGUUGGGAAUUCUGUAGCAAAAGAGAGGUGGGAACAAAAUGAACGAGGAAGAGAAGACACCAAAUGCUUAUUUAGUCAUAGUGGUGUCAGCGUGUCUCUACAACUUCACCAGAUCAGGAAGAUGAGUAAGUGUAAGUAGGUCAACCCAAACCUCAUUUUUCACUUCAAGUAACUUGGCCUCUGUACAGUGACCCAAUGUAAAUAAAUCUUACUGAAUAAUGUCUCUUACUGUAGGCAUUCAGAUGCAUGUGCUGCUAGGAUGAGCCAAGAAUAUUAUUUAAAUAGGAAAAAAAGUCAUGGAUGACGCAGUGAGAUAAAGUCCUGCUUGUUAAGAAAGUUGAAAGAAAUAUCAAUGUGUGAAUAUUUUAGGAAACUUUAAUGGCUUUAAUGGGUUUAAAAAUAAUUUGUUCAAGUGUAAAUUACCAAAGGGACACUGACAGGAAAAUGACUGUUCAAUGUUCGCAUAGAUAAACUCUGAAUAAGACUUGCCUUACUACUCUGAUGGGGGUGUGGGAAAUUAUAUCUUAAAGAAGUGGUACUCUAAAGAAGCUUUACCUUCCCAUGUGCCAGUUCUCAUUUUAUAUGUAUUCUAAUUAUUUUUUCAAUAAUCUUAAUACUAAAUAAUUUUGCAAUUCCAUUUCUUACUCUCUGCCCCUUUUUUUUUCUGACUAGUCUAUGGGCUGAUGAAUCUCUCGGAAACAUGGGUUUUCAUUCUGUAGCAUAUACAUUAUGCUACAGCAUAAAGCAGAUACUUUACUGUAUUUUUACUCUAACAGUAGAGGAUGAUUGGCAGUAAUAUGCUUUGACUCAAAAUCUUGGGGGAAGAAGGUAUUUUCAGAAAAAGGGGUACAACUCAGAAUCAAGACUUUGAGUUGGAAUGUAUAUUUGAGAUCAGAUUGCCAUUUAUUUAAAUCUGUGAUAUCCAGUGAUUGAGAGGAGUGUAACACCUAAGGCAAUUCAGGUGGUUAUCUUAAACUCUUGAGUUUAAGUAAAACACACAAAUUUCAGAUUUUGGGGCAUCUUUUGCUUUGCCACCAAUUAAUCCUCACACCCUUGAGAGAGGCUUGUUUAUGGCUCAGCACAUUUUUGUGUUUUGGGCAUGGAUGUUUAAGUUUGUAAAUUUGUCUAAGUUUCUGUAUUUAAAUCUUCCUGCAUGCAUGUACACGAGUUCUAUGCAAACUUUUGCUCUCCACAGAUGAACAAGUAGAGUCAGUGUAUUGGUAUUUUUAUUGUUGCUACUGCACCGUUUCAUGUCUGGCUUUGGUCCUGUAAAUGCAGGAAGAAAUAUGGAGAAAGAAAUCUGAGGUAGUAGUCUUCUAUCUCCAACAACUUCUGCAAUCAUUACGGUGCUACUGCCGUCUAUGCACAAAAGACAACUUUACAUGUGUGACAGAUGGGCUGUGUUUUACCUCAGUAACACGAACUGCAGACAAAGUAAUACACAAUAGUAUGUGUAUAGCAGAGAUUGAUCUGAUUCCCCGAGACAGGCCAUUUGUUUGUGCCCACUCCUCCAGAGAUGGAGUCUUUACUUUCUCUCAUUGCUGUGACAGAGACUACUGCAAUAAAAUAGAACUUCCAAUUCCAACACCAGGCCCUACUCCAGGAAAACCAGCUUCUAAUCUAGGACCUGUGGAACUGGCUGCUGUCAUUGCUGGACCUGUGUGCUUUGUCUGCAUUUCACUGAUGUUGAUUCUGUAUCUUUGUCAUAAUCGUACUGUAAUUCAUCAUCGUGUGCCAAGUGAAGAAGAUCCCUCAUUGGAUCGUCCCUUUAUAUCGGAAGGAACUACUUUAAAGGAUUUAAUUUAUGAUAUGACAACUUCAGGCUCUGGGUCAGGCUUACCUUUACUUGUGCAAAGAACAAUUGCAAGAACUAUAGUACUUCAAGAAAGCAUUGGUAAGGGUCGCUUUGGAGAAGUCUGGCGAGGGAAGUGGAGAGGAGAAGAAGUUGCUGUGAAGAUCUUUUCUUCAAGAGAGGAACGCUCAUGGUUUCGUGAAGCAGAAAUUUAUCAAACAGUUAUGCUAAGGCAUGAAAACAUUCUUGGAUUUAUAGCUGCAGACAACAAAGACAAUGGUACAUGGACUCAGCUGUGGUUGGUGUCAGACUAUCAUGAGCAUGGAUCACUCUUUGAUUACCUGAACAGGUAUACAGUAACAGUGGAAGGAAUGAUAAAAUUAGCUUUGUCCACUGCUAGUGGUCUUGCUCAUCUUCACAUGGAAAUUGUUGGCACACAAGGCAAACCAGCGAUUGCUCACAGAGAUUUGAAAUCAAAAAAUAUAUUGGUAAAAAAGAAUGGAACAUGCUGCAUUGCAGACCUAGGAUUGGCAGUUAGGCAUGAUUCAGCUACAGACACAAUUGAUAUUGCCCCAAACCACAGAGUGGGAACAAAAAGGUACAUGGCUCCAGAAGUUCUAGAUGACUCCAUAAAUAUGAAACAUUUUGAGUCAUUCAAACGAGCAGACAUCUAUGCCAUGGGAUUAGUGUUUUGGGAAAUAGCUCGGCGGUGUUCAAUUGGUGGAAUCCAUGAAGAUUACCAGUUGCCGUAUUAUGACCUCGUUCCUUCAGAUCCUUCUGUUGAAGAAAUGAGGAAAGUUGUGUGUGAGCAGAAGUUAAGGCCCAAUAUUCCAAACAGAUGGCAGAGCUGUGAGGCAUUACGAGUAAUGGCAAAAAUUAUGCGGGAAUGCUGGUAUGCCAAUGGAGCCGCUAGGCUAACAGCUUUGCGCAUUAAGAAAACGUUAUCACAACUUAGUCAACAGGAGGGGAUAAAGAUGUAAUCCUGGAUUUGCUACCGAAGAAUACUGUAAAAAUCCAUAUCUGCACCAGAGUGGCGUGUUAAGAAGGUUAAUUGUUCUACCUCACUGGGGGAACAGAAGGAUAUUGCUGCCUUUUAGUACUUCAUAGGAACGUCACUUACUAGGAUUUUUGUGGAUGUGCUGAACAGUUGUGUUGGGUCCUUUCUGUGCACUAUGAACCUCUUUCCCAGGUUACUUACAAAACAUUGUGUAGUCUAGUUUCGUUUUUAUUAACCUAUAAUUUUUUAUUUUGAUAGCUGGUCUUAACUUUCAGUUAACUGUGCUAAAAAUAGGAGGUCACUUUUAAAAUUGAAUUGAUUCACUAAUUUGUUCUAGAGUGCAUUGAUGGCUCUUUAAGCAACUUUAUUCCUGGCUGGUACAUUGACUAUUCUGAACCACUGUCUUAGUUCUUUGAUUCAGAUUGUGAAUGUACUGUUGGAGUACACUUUGCUAGCUGUUAAGGUAGUACAUCGUUUGGACUCUUUGAUUUACAAAUUGACCUCAUUCAGUUGUGGGAACAUAAUUUAUGCAACUGUACUUUAUACAUGAUUACUGGGGUUUUUUUCCACUUUCUCAGAACAUUACAUUGCCUUCAAAAUAGAUUGUAUUAUACCAGUAAGUGCCGCUUUUGAGUCUUUUAAUGCAAAACAGUAGGAGUGUACAAAGCCUAUGGUACUUUUGGUUUCAAAAAACAAAUUAAAGACCAACUGUUCCUUUGCCUAGCUAAGAUCUAAUUCACACUCAUUUCAGCAAGUGAGUACGUAAUUCAUGGAAUACCUUUAAUUUUACCAAAAGCUGACCCUUUAAACCACUGUGGGAGUUUUAAAUAGCGUAAGCUAGUUAAUUCACUGUCAUAUUUUGUAAUUGUCAAGUCAUGAGUCAUAAUUAUAUUUAAGAUUUUUUUUUUUUUUUUCUUUACCAAGUGGUACUUCUAAAAUGCUUGAAGUACCCAUCUACUUCAGAAAAGUAGCAUGAGUAAGAUGCUCUUAAGGGAGAUUUUGCUCCAUUAAAUCAAAUAUGAAAAGCAUAUUUUCUGUGCAGUUCCGCAGAGUCUUAAGGCUCAAAGAACAAUGUUUGCAAUUAAACAAGGAUUAAGUGCACCUGUAAUUAGGGAGAAGUUAUUCGGGCUUUUGUAUGAGAAAGUUCAAAGCUGCUUAUAAAUUUUAUGUGCAUAUAUUUUGUGUGUGCCUAAUACACAGAAAGUGGUGAGCUGCAGAAAGUGGUGAGCUGCAGGUCUUUGGAUACAAAUACCAGAGGAUUUCAGCAAUUCUCUUCAUAGUUACAAGAACAAAGCUUAUGAUGGCUUGUGUUGUCAUAAGAACACAGAAGAAUAUGCAUGGCUUUAGACAAGAUUUGCCUGAGAUUUUAAGGAUAUUACAAGAUUUUCGCAAUCUUCUUUAGAAAUUGAAUUGCUUCUUUGACCAAAUGUACAACUUCUGGAGGGGACUGGGGGAAUUAAUGUGGAAAAUUCUCUUUUAAAAAAUGCUGUUAACAGGAAUAUUUCUUUUUUUUUUUAUUGCCACUUUAGGAAGAGUCUGGUUGUCCUUUGCUUUUAUUAAUGCCCAAAACACUCAGUAGUAUUUCAGUAUGUGAAAGUGGUAAUUAAUAUGCCACCUAAGUUCCUACUCUCCAGAACACAUCAGUAUGCAUCCUCUUAUCAACAAACACAGCAACCUUACCUCUGCUUCCUUUUCAUUCUUCAGUAUAUAGUCUACAGAGAGCUUUUCAUAGGCAUAACUGGAUCUUUAUCAUAGAUACAAAUGGUAUAGUUCAUACUUCAGAAUCGUCAGGCUACCAGCAUGCUUCAGAUCUCUAUAGUAAUCUUGAUGGUAACAUCAGAGAGCUUCCAAUGAAAUCCAUGAAGUAAUUUCAUUAGGGGCUUAUUUUAGCACCUACAAAGCCUUAUUACCAUAAUGUUUAGUUUCCUAAAAUGUAAGCAGUAGUUCUGUUGCAUUUAAAAGAGAAUCUGCAGCAGCUGAGCAGCAUCACAUCAUACAGACUUUUCAGUCAACUCUACAGUGGUUUGUUACAUCUGUCUCAUCUCAAACACCUAGUAGUCUUCAUUCUCCUGAAUUGCUAGCAACUGUUCUUACGUUGUUCUAAUUUUUCACUUCGUAAUAGAAGCUUGCAAAAACAGAGCACAGGAAGGAUGCUUGAUACCGUGUGUGUGUUAGGAACGUUAUUUUGGGACACCUUAUUAUUCAUAUUGGAAUGCAGAACAGGGAAAUUCUGAAUAAGGCUGUAUGUAUCCUCAGUUCUGACACCACAACUUCAGGCUUUGUUCUUCUUUUCCAUUAUAUAAACUGAACACCUUUUACAAAGGCUGUGUCUGUAUAUAUUAUGUAACUUUAAAUGUUACCUGUGUAAGAUCAUAUCUUAUAUAUAUGGACACAGGUACACAUAAGUAUUUUUUAAAUUAAGAUUGUAAUAUCACCAGAUUUGCUCUUGGAAAUCCAGGGGGACCAAAAUAUUUUAGCAUUCAGAAUAUUAAUUUUGUAUCAUUUCAAGUAUAUACCAAAACAUUUUCUGAUGAAUACUGAUGCAAAUGUUUAUUGUAAAUAUUACAUACGUUAUACAUUCACUUAAGUUUUGUGGGUUUAAUCAAUUUGACAUUCUAAUAGCAUUGAAGCCUCAGUUUGGUUUACAGACUUGUGACCACGUGGAUAUGGAUGUGGAAGAUGAGGAGCAUCGGAAAUGGUCUGAUGCUGAAAAGCCCAAAACGUUGAUUUUUGGAAUGCUGGAAUUCUUCAGGGACCUUCCAACCUUAAAAGCUGGAAUUCUGGGACAUUUCUCGAGCUGACUUUCCAAGUAUGACACACUGUCACCUGCCAAUGGUUCCACUUAUAAUCCUAAGAAAGACUUUAUGUACAGGUAAAGACAUUGGGAUUGACUAUAUGGGGACAUGAAGGUGUCAAAUGAAAUAAGAGGCUUUUUUUUUUUUUUUUCCUCAAUAAUCAUUCGGAGUGUGAUUGCCAUGAAAUUCACCUUUUAGUUAGUUCAUUGUUUGUAUAGUGCCAUUGAAAGGAUUGUAUCAUUUUGUGUUUUGGUUUGGUUUUGUUUUUUGUUUUGUGGGGUUUUGUUUUGUUUUUAAAAGAAACCUUCACCAUAUCAGUUGCUUUAAACUCAAAUUACCUCUUAAAAGACCAAGGUACAUUUACCUCGUGUAUAUAAUGUUUAAUAUUUUUCAGAACAUUCUCUGGGUUUGCAGUUACAUCUUUCUAGAAAUAUGGGUAUUACUAAAUUUACAACUUCAGCGGUACUAAAUGUCUUAUCUGGUGCCCCAAAACACUUUAAUUUUCUGUAUUUUAUUGUAUUAGCAAGUUUGCUGCUUUGUCACUGUAGCACCUGCCCUUACAUAGCUGUGUGGAUACUGUUUUGUAAAUUUUACUUUUUGGAUGAUUUGAGGAUCCUGUACAGAUGAGUGUAACUUUUUUAAAUCCUACAAAAUUGUGUAUUUCCCUUACAUUUCUGAAAAUAUGUAUUGUAUUUGUAGAGUAUACAUUUCAAUGGAUUGUAAAUAGAACAGUAGAAGAGUGGAUGCUUACGUUAAGUGCUAACACUACAGUAGAGAGAUUAAAGCAGUGAAAAUAAAUAAAUUUUUUCAAAAUG